UAGCCGGAGCCAUUUUUCUCAUUCAGGCGGAGUUGCGGGGACGGAGCGGAGGUGUCGCGGCUGUUACUGUUGCUGUUGCCGGUGUGAGUGAGUGGUGUGUGUCCGCGUGUGAGAGCAGCUCCGACCAAGGUUACUGCGGCUCUCCCUUCUCCAGAACCAGCCGGACUGAGCGGAGAGAAGUGCGCCCGCUGAGAGCAUGGCUCUUCUGCAACAAAGAGGAAACUCGCCGGCGGAAAGUUUAGAGAAAUAAGGAGCUGCAGAAAUUCCCACUCGGACACCCGUCGGAACACAAACUGAGGAGCGAUGCACUUCUUUAAAUGGGAUCUGUUGUUGAUUUUCUUGUCGUGUAAAGUGUUUUCGCUGGCGGAUUGCUACACAGUUCACAUCGGGGAGGAUGCGGAGCCGAGGACAGUGUUGGUCAGCAUGGAGCGGGGCGCACCGUGCGCUCUGGAUCAGGUACUCGCUCCUAAAUUCACGGAGCGCUUCCUGGAGACUGACGCGGCGGCGGGCAUUGUGUUUGUUUCGGACUCUAUAAAGUGCCCCAGGCUGCGCUCAAACCCCUUCACUGUGUACACUGUAGCGGACUGUGAGGACUCCGGAUACAGGCACCUCAUCACCAGCCAGUACGAUGUGCAUGUCCACGGUAGGAACUGUUCAAACACGCGUCAAAGAAGUCCUCUGUGGGACAUGGAAGUCCUCAGUUUGUACAACACCCGCGGCCACCACAGCUCAGAGUGCCACCAAGCACACUCUGCUUUAUUUCCAGUUGGGGGUCUGCUGCCAGGCCCCGCUAUUCGCUGCAGAGUCACUAACAGCCAUGAGUUUUACUUCUCUGAGGGGGACUUAUUUGUGUCUAAGACUCUGUGCUGGAGACAGGACACCCUCCUGGAGCUGGACCUGCUCUGUGACGCGCUCACAGAGGACGGACUGAAUGUUAAAGUCAACCCCAUCUCCAUCCACUGGCGUGUGGGGCAGGGUCCUUUCAAGCAAGGUCACCUAGAGAAGCUCUUAGAGAAGGCAGCUCAGUCUGAUUCAGGGAUUGUGAGCAGCAGGAGGAGGAGGAGAAGCACCAACAGCAGCCCCCAGUUUCAGCCCCCGAUGUACCAAGUGGCAGUGGCAGAGAAUAAGCCAGCUGGGACUUCUGUUGUUGUUUUGAAAGCGGUGGAUGUGGAUGAGGGGGAGGCCGGCAGGCUGGAGUACUUCAUAGAGGCACUCUUUGACAGCCGCUCCAACAGCCUCUUUGCUGUUGACCCUGCCAGCGGUGUAGUGUCUACAAUAGAGGUGCUGGACCGGGAAACAAAAGACACACAUGUGUUUCGCGUGACUGCAGUUGACCAUGGCACACCCCGACGUACGGGCAUGGCCACCCUCACGAUCACAGUCAGCGACACUAAUGACCACGACCCUGUGUUUGAGCAGCAAGACUACAAGGAAAGCAUCAGGGAGAACUUAGAAAUAGGCUAUGAGGUUUUAACGGUGAGGGCCACAGACGGGGACGCACCUGUUAACGGUAACAUCCUCUACCACGUCCUCAAUAGUAAUGGGUCCAAUGACGUGUUUGAAAUUGAUUCGAGGUCUGGUGUCAUCCGCACUAAAGGCCUGGUAGACAGAGAGGAGGUUGAAUCCUAUAUGCUUUUAGUUGAGGCAAAUGACCAAGGCCGUGACCCCGGGCCCCGCAGCGCCACCGCUACUGUUCACAUUGUGGUAGAGGACGAUAAUGAUAACGCUCCUCAGUUCAGUGAGAAACGCUACGUGGUCCAGGUGCCAGAAGACAUGACCCCUAACACAGAGAUCCUUCAGGUCACAGCCACAGAUCAGGACAGAGGGAGCAACGCUGUUGUCCACUUCAGCAUCAUGAGUGGAAACACCCGCGGGCAGUUUUAUAUCGAUGCUCAGACAGGUAAAAUGGACCUGGUCAGCCACCUGGAUUACGAGGCAAACAAAGAAUACACCCUAAGAAUCAGAGCUCAGGAUGGAGGACGUCCUCCGCUGUCUAACAUCAGCGGCCUGGUCACGGUGCAGGUGUUGGACAUUAAUGACAAUGCCCCCAUUUUUGUCAGCACUCCGUUCCAGGCCACCGUGCUCGAGAAUGUGCCACUGGGCUACUCCAUCAUCCACAUCCAAGCUGUGGAUGCAGACUCUGGAGACAACUCUAGGCUGGAGUAUCGCCUCACUGAAACCACGCCAAACUUCCCCUUCACCAUCAACAACAGCACAGGGUGGAUUGUAGUGGCAGCUGAGCUGGACAGGGAGAGUGUGGACUUUUACAACUUUGGAGUAGAGGCCCGUGAUCAGGGUUACCCUGUCAUGUCGUCGUCAGCCAGCAUUACCAUGACAAUUCUAGACGUCAAUGACAACAACCCAGAGUUCACUCAGAAGGCGUAUUACAUGCGACUGAAUGAGGAUGCGGCCGUGGGGACCAGCGUGGUGACAGUAUCAGCUGUGGAUCAGGACAUCAACAGUGUGGUGACGUAUCAGAUAUCCAGUGGUAACACCCGCAACAGAUUCUCCAUCACGAGUCAGAGUGGAGGUGGACUCAUCACGCUGGCUCUGCCGUUAGACUACAAACUGGAGCGUCAGUACGCCCUCACCGUCACUGCCAGUGACGGAACUCGCUUCGACACCGCAAAGGUGUUUGUUAAUGUCACAGAUGCCAACACACACCGGCCCGUGUUUCAGAGCUCGCAUUACACCGUCAACAUCAACGAGGACCGACCCGUGGGCACCACCGUGGUUGUGAUAAGUGCCACAGAUGAAGACACAGGUGAGAACGCUCGCAUUACCUACUUCAUGGAUGACAGCAUCCCUCAGUUUGACAUCGACCCAGACACAGGAGCUGUCACUACAGAGAUGGAGCUGGACUAUGAGGACCAGGUUUCUUAUACGCUAGCAAUUACUGCGCGGGACAACGGCAUCCCACAGAAGUCUGACACAACCUACCUGGAGAUCCUGGUGAACGACGUGAACGACAACUCCCCCCGUUUUAUCAGAGACCACUACGUGGGCUCCGUGAUGGAAGACGUGGCAGUCUUCACUAGUGUGGUUCAGGUGUCUGCUAUCGACAGAGACUCUAGCCUCAACGGCCGUGUUUUCUACACUUUCCAGGGCGGCGAAGACGGUGAUGGAGACUUCAUAAUUGAAUCCACCUCUGGCAUUGUUCGCACGCUACGAAGACUAGACAGAGAGAACGUUCCUGUUUACAGCCUGCAGGCAUUUGCUGUAGAUAAAGGUGUUCCUGCUCUGAAGACACCGGUUAACAUUCAAGUAACAAUCUUAGAUGUGAACGACAACCCUCCCGUGUUUGAUACGGAUGAGUUUGACAUCAUGGUUGAGGAAAACAGCCCCAUAGGCCUCGUAGUUGCUCACAUAUCAGCCACAGACCCAGACGAAGGCAGCAAUGCACAGAUUAUGUAUCAGAUAGUGGAGGGGAACAUCCCAGAGGUGUUUCAGCUGGAUAUCUUCUCUGGAGAACUGACUGCCCUGAUAGACCUGGACUAUGAGCUGAGGUCUGAGUAUGUUAUCGUGGUCCAGGCCACCUCCGCCCCUCUGGUCAGCCGCGCCACAGUCCACAUCAAACUCGUCGACAAGAACGACAACAUGCCGGUGCUCAAAAACUUCCAGAUCAUCUUCAACAACUAUGUGACAGACAAAUCCAGCAGCUUCCCCACAGGAGUGAUCGGACGCAUCCCCGCCUUCGACCCCGACGUCUCUGAUCAGCUCCACUACAGCUUUGAGAUGGGAAACGAGCUGAACCUGGUACUCCUGAACCAAAGCACGGGAGAGAUCCAGCUGAGUCCGGCCCUGGAUAACAACCGACCCCUGGAGGCCUCCAUGAGGAUCUCUGUGUCAGAUGGCAUCCACUCAGUGUCAGCUCAGUGCCUUCUCCAAGUCACCAUCAUCACCGAUGAGAUGCUGUCCAAUAGUAUCACGCUGCGACUCGCCAACACCUCCCAGGAGCACUUCCUGUCCCUUCUGCUGGCCCAGUUCCUGGAUGGCGUGGCCCGGGUCCUGUCUGCCGCCCCUGAAGACGUCGUCAUCUUCAACAUCCAGGACGACACUGACGUCAGCGCUCGUAUCCUCAACGUCAGCUUGUCCGUGGCCGUUCCUGCGUUCGAGGAGGGACACCAGCCUCCCAGAGGACUCGGCCACGGAGGGGACAGGCCCGGGAGAGGGGUGGAAACCGGAGAGUUUUUCUGCUCGCAGGAACUCCAGGAGAGGCUGUAUUUGAACCGCAGCCUUUUGGCUCAGAUCUCCUCACAGGAGGUUCUUCCGUUUGAUGACAACAUCUGCCUGCGCGAGCCAUGUGAGAACUACAUGAAGUGCGUGUCCGUGCUGAAGUUCGACAGCCUGGCGCCUUUUGUCGCGUCCGAUACCAUCCUGUUCAGACCCAUCCACCCCAUCGCUGGGCUACGCUGCCGCUGUCCCACUGGCUUUACAGGAGACUACUGCGAGACUGAGAUCGACCUCUGCUACUCUAAACCCUGCGGAGCCCACGGCGUGUGCCGCAGCAGAGAGGGAGGCUACACCUGCGAGUGCUUUGAGGACUACACAGGAGAGCGCUGUGAGCUGUCAUCCCGCUCGGGCCGCUGUGCCCCGGGGGUCUGCAAGAACGGGGGCUCCUGCGUUAACCUGCUGGUCGGCGGGUUCAAGUGCGAGUGUCCGCCGGGGGGCUACGACAGGCCCUACUGUGAGAUGACCACGCGGAACUUCCCCCCGCACACCUUCCUCACCUUCAGGGGCCUCCGCCAGCGCUUCCACUUCACCCUCUCCCUCACAUUUGCCACCAAAGAGCCGAACGGCUUGCUCCUCUACAACGGCCGCUUCAAUGAAAAACACGACUUCAUCGCUAUGGAAAUCAUCAACGAGCAGAUCCAGCUCACCUUCUCUGCAGGUGAAACCAAGACGACGGUGUCCCCGUUCGUCCUCGGAGGAGUCAGCGACGGCCAGUGGCACGAGGUGGAGGUUCACUACUACAACAAGCCGAUCUUCAACCAGGCCGGCCUGCCCCAGGGCCCCUCGGAUCAGAAGGUCGUCGUAGUGACGGUGGACAACUGCGACACCUCCGUGGCCCUGAGGUUCGGUCACAUGAUCGGAAACUACACCUGCUCUGCUCGGGGCAGCCAGUCAGGAUCCAAAAAAUCUCUGGACCUGACUGGCCCCUUGCUCCUCGGAGGAGUCCCCAAACUCCCAGAAGACUUCCCUGUUCGCAACCAGCAGUUCGUGGGAUGCAUGAAGAACCUGCGCAUCGACAACCAGCACAUAGACAUGGCCAGCUUCAUCGCUAACAACGGCACUCUGCCAGGAUGCUCUGCCAAGAGACACUUCUGCAACAAUAACCCGUGUCUGAACGGAGGAACCUGUGUCAACCUCUGGGGCUCCUUCAGCUGUGACUGUCCUCUUGGAUUUGGAGGACAAAGCUGCGAAAGAGUUAUGGCCAGCCCACAGCGUUUCCUGGGUAACAGCCUGUUGCAGUGGAACAACCUGGCAACGGCGUCGGCCUCCGUCCCCUGGCACAUAGAGCUCAUGUUCCGAACGCGCCAGUCCAGCGCCACGCUGCUUCACAUCUCGUCUGGCCUGCAGCACAACCUCACUCUGCAGCUGCGCGGGGGGAGCGUGUUGAUGGGCCUGCACAGGGGAGAGGACUCCACUCUCUCCCGUGUGGAGGAGGUGCUGGUGAACGAUGGAGACUGGCAUCAUUUGCAGCUGGAUAUUAGCACUCUGGGGGGAGCUUUGAGCCUUCACAAGGCCGUGUUGUCUCUGGACCAUGGCCUCUUCAUGGCUACUAUGGAGGUGGACGGAAAGCUGCAGGACUCCAAGUUGAAGUCUGUAAGCGUUGGCGGCUUGGCAAGGCCUGAUGGGAAAAUUCAGCAGGGCUUCCGUGGCUGCAUACAGGGUCUGCGAGUCGGGGGAGCUCUGAGUCUGUCCCAGGCGAGGAAGGUGAACGUGGAGCAGGGCUGCAACGUGCCCGACCCCUGCAGCUCCAACCCCUGUCCCACCAACAGCUACUGCAGCGAUGACUGGGACAGCUACUCCUGUACCUGCCUCAGUGGUUACUAUGGCGCCAACUGCACUGACGCCUGCUCUCUGAACCCCUGCGAGCACGAGUCGACGUGCACCAGGAAGCCGAGCUCCUCUCGUGGUUACGCCUGCGACUGUCCCGGCAACUACUUCGGCCACUACUGCGAGAAAAAGACCGACUUGCCGUGUCCCAGAGGAUGGUGGGGUCAUAAGACCUGCGGCCCCUGCAACUGUCAGACGGACAAGGGUUUCGAUUCUGACUGCAACAAGACGAGUGGGGAGUGUCGCUGUAAGGACAACCACUACCGUCCUGAGGGCAGUGACACCUGCCUGCUGUGCGACUGCUACCCGGUCGGCUCUUUCUCCAGAGCCUGCGACCGAGACAGCGGCCAGUGUCAGUGUAAACCCGGCGUCAUCGGCCGUCAGUGCGACCGCUGUGACAACCCGUUCGCAGAGGUUUCAGCUAACGGCUGUGAAGUAAUCUAUGACAGCUGCCCUCAGGCCAUCGAGGCUGGGAUAUGGUGGCCUAGGACUAAGUUUGGUCUCCCGGCAGCGGUUCCCUGUCCCAAGGGAACUCUGGUAGGCACAGCUAUCCGGCACUGUGACGAGCACAAGGGCUGGCUGCCUCCCAAUCUCUUCAACUGUACCUCCGUCACCUUCAGCAAGCUGAAAGCUCUGUCUGAAAAGUUUUCCCGUAACGCUUCGCUCCUCGACUCUGGACACGUUCAGCAGACAGCAGCCAUGUUGGCCAACGCCACCUCGCACACAGAGAACUACUUCGGCAGCGACGUGAAAGUGGCCUAUCGGCUCACACAGAGUCUGCUGCAGUACGAGAGCAACCAGCGGGGCUUCAACCUUACAGCCACACAGGACGUCCACUUCACCGAGAAUCUGGUCCGUGUGGGCAGCGCCAUCCUGUCUCCAGAGACGCGACCGCACUGGGAGCUCAUCCAGCACACGGACGGAGGCACGGCAGCUCUGCUCCGACACUACGAGGACUACGCCAACACCCUGGCACAAAACAUGAGGAAGACCUACCUCAGCCCCUUCACCAUCGUUACACCAAACAUAGUCAUCUCCGUGGACCGUCUGAAAAAGAUGAAUUUUGCCGGAGCCAAGCUACCUCGCUACCAGUCCCUGAGGGGCCCUCGUCCCGUGGACCUGGAAACGGCUGUCACCCUCCCCGACUCGGUCUUUGAACCCCCCGUGGACACCAAGGGCCACAGGCACCUGGACGUCUUCCCGGAGAUGUCGCUCAGGAACCGCUCGGCCAACAGGAAGAGGCGCCACCCCGACGACAGCCAGCAGGACGCCAUCGCCAGUGUGAUCAUCUUCCACAGCCUGGCCUCGCUGCUACCAGAGAACUACGACCCGGACAAGAGAAGUCUACGCGUCCCGAAGCGGCCCGUCAUCAACACGCCGGUGGUCAGCAUCACGGUGCACGACAACGACGAGCUGCUGCAGCACGCUCUGGACAAACCCAUCACCGUGCAGUUCCGCCUGGUCACCACCGAGGAGCGCUCCAAGCCCAUCUGUGUCUUCUGGAACCACAGCAUACUUGCUGGUAGCGGCGGCUGGUCGGCGAAAGGCUGCGAGGUGGUUUUCAGGAACAGCACCCACAUCAGCUGUCAGUGUUACCACAUGACCAGCUUUGCUGUGCUCAUGGAUGUCUCCAGGAGGGAGAACGGAGAGAUCCUCCCGGUCAAAAUCCUGACGUGGAGCACAGCUGGCGUGACGCUGGGCUUCCUCUUCCUCACCACCGUCUUCCUCCUCUGCCUGAGGGCCAUGCAGUGCAACAAGACGAGCAUAAUCAACAACGGAGCCAUGGCUCUCUUCCUCUCUGAGCUUGUCUUCAUCCUAGGCAUCAACCAGGCCGACAACCCGUUCGUGUGCACAGUCAUCGCCAUCCUGCUGCACUUCCUCUACCUCUGCACUUUCUCCUGGCUGUUCCUGGAGGGGCUGCACGUGUACCGGAUGAUCAGCGAAGUGCGAGACAUCAACUACGGGCCGAUGAGGUUCUACUACCUGAUUGGAUGGGGAGUGCCGGCCUUCAUCACAGGUUUGGCCGUGGGUCUGGACCCCGAAGGCUACGGGAACCCAGACUACUGCUGGCUCUCCAUGUACGACACCCUGAUCUGGAGCUUUGCUGGACCCAUCGCCAUGGUGGUGUCGAUGAACAUCUUCCUGUACAUCCUGUCGUCCAGAGCCUCCUGCUCUCCCAGACACCAAACCAUUGAGAAGAAAGAGCCGCGUGUCUCAGGCCUGAAGACGGCAGGCGGCGUCCUCUUCCUGGUUUCGGUCACAUGUUUCAUGGCGCUCCUCUCCGUCAACAGUGACAUGAUCAUCUUCCACUACCUGUUCGCUGGCUUCAACUGUGUGCAGGGUCCCUUUGUUUUCUUCUUCCGCAUCGUUUUCAACAAAGAAGCGAGGAAUGCUAUGAAAUACUGCUGCAGCCGCAAGCGCCCAGAUCACAUGGUCAAAUCCAAGGCCUCUGGCUAUAAAGGCAACACAAACUACAUGGACGGCAGAUUGUAUCACCUCCCCUUUGGGGACUCCAGCGUGUCUCUGAAUGGCACCAUGCAGAGCGGCAAGAGCCAGCAGAGCUAUGUCCCGUUCGUCCUCCGGGACGAUGGUCUGAGUAACAGUCAGGCUCACAUCGCUCUGAACGACCACACGUCGCUCUUCCAUGAAACCAAGGAGCACCUGAAUGAUCGUGACAGCGACUCGGACAGCGACUUGUCUCUUGAGGACGACCAGAGCGGCUCCUACGCCUCCACGCACUCCUCCGACAGCGAAGACGAGGAAGGUCCUCUCCCGCCCGAGGAAUGCUGGGAAAACCUGGCAUCUAACGGCACUAAGAGACCCCAGCCACACGGUAAAGACAACAGUCUGAGUAAGAUGUUCUGGCCUGGAGAUUACCCAGCAGCAGUGAGUGACGGUGAGCUUGCAGGUGCAGACAGACUGAAGACAGAAACUUUGGCCAAUCCAGAGCUGAGCCUCGGCCGUGACAACCGGACGCUGCAGGACUCCACGAUAAUGCUGCUGCCUAGUGUGCCAAACCUCAACACGCACCCUCACAGAGGGAUCCUAAAGAAGAAGCAGCUUUCUCCGAUCAUAGAGAGGAACGGUGUCAACCGCGUCCGCAACGAACUGUGUGCAAACGCCCCCGGCACGGCGUCCCCCGGGGGAUCCUCGUCCAGCGACAGCCGGGCCAGGCCCUCUAAACCCAACCUGCCAGAUCAGCUGAACGGCGUCGCCCUGAGCAUCAAGGCUGGGACGGUGGACGGCGACUCAUCAGGAUCAGACAGCCACUGCAACACGUCCAUGUGAACUCGCUGACGGAGGGGUGUGUCUUUGCAGGUCAUAGAGCCUCCUUCCUCAACAGUGACCUCAAACAAGGAGCACCGGACUUCCCCCUUCACAGAAAAACAAAAAAAAAAGAAAAGAAAAGAGACGUGGAAAAAGAAGGAAUUCCCUCUCGUCAUCAUCGUCGCCCUUUGAAGGAGUGUGUGUAUGUUGUGCUGCUUGAAUGCUUGUAUGUCUGUGUGUGUGUGUGUGUGUGUGUGUUCGUACAUGUGUGCCAAACCUCAGGAGUCACUGCACUGGCCCGGGCUCAUGCACACUUACGGAACGAGUCUCACUCUCCCUUUAAAGAAAUCGUUUUGUUUACAUACUUGAAGCAAUGCACUUUUUUAAUUUACUGCCCAGAUUUGUUGGGAGUCAAGUUUUUUCAAUUUUUUUUAUUUUGUAGUUCUUUUUUUUUUAUUUUAUUUUUUUUUAUCCAGGAUAUAUAUAUAUUGCUUUGAAGACUGUGGGACAGUAAAGAGGUCAUGUUUUUUUAUUUUGUUUUUUGGGUUGGGUCAUUUAGGUGUAGACUUGCAAACAUUCAGGGAAAUUCCUUUUUCAUUGGCAAGUGCUUGGUGAUGUCUUCUCUGGUUCACCUUGUUGGUGUCCGUGCCAGUCUGAGGUUUGAGGAGUUCAGACUCGGGUUAUCGAGUUGUGUCACACGCCUGAAACGGCCAAGGGGACGGCCGAGUUUGUGGACUGAAAUGAGGAAAAAUACCGCCUGUAGCUGCCUGUUGAUGGACCCUCCGUAUAAGCUAUUUCUCUCAUCGAUGAAGGAUGUCUCCAGAGGCAACAGCUGUCCACAUCAGCACAAACUGGAGGCUUCUGAGGGGGCAGACCUGCACGAGCAGACCUACAGAGUUACUCAAAGGACUUUUGAUACACGUUUUCUGUUUUUGUAAAUCACCGAGAGCACAUUUUUUUAAUGGACGUUACAAAAGUCGCUCUCUCUUUUUUUCAUCAUGUUAUCGGAGGGAUGGACGCGUUCACCCGAGUUCAGUGACUAAAUAUUUUAUAGAGUAGCGACGGAGCUUUUGUCUUUUUGUAAAAUAAUUAAAUACAAAUCUGUGCUGUAAUACUAUUUGAGCUGUAAUUCAUUUUUACUGUACAGAGUGGCCUGUAAAUGAAUGAAGAACAUAUCUUUAAAAUGUAAGUAAAUGUCUAAACUUCCUUCACACGUUUAGAGGCGCUCGGGAGGAAAUACGUUUUACUACCUUCGGUCAGGUCGAUGUGAUAUCUGUUGACGCUGUCUUGACCCAUGUAUACGUCUCAUGCCAUACGAAACAACACUACCAAGUCAAUCAUGGUGUCAUAACACUGGUAUCUGAACAGAGGAUUGUGUCUUUUACUCUGCCGCGUCUGUUUCUACUGAUUAAACUGUUUUCUACCA